GAUAUCAUAAAGCACAACGCUUUCUCUUAAGCCUGUGAAAGUUGGGUUCUCUCUUUUUUUUUUUUCCUUUAUUUUUGGGGGGAGCCGAGCACGGAUCCCGAUGAGGAUCCUGGGAGUACUUUCUCUGUUCUUGCUGUUGGCUGCCACGAUCUGCCAUGGAGAGGACACGACUGUGGAGGUUGUUGGUGUCAUGGAAUGCAGCGACUGUGCGCAGCGUAAUGUCAAGCCCAGCCAGGCAUUUUCUGGGAUUCGAGUGAGCAUCGACUGCAAGACUGUGCGAGGCAAGUUUGAGCACAGAGCGGCGGGGGAGCUGGAUGGGGAAGGCAAGUUCAAGGUCUCGCUCCCGCAGGAGAUGGUGGAAGGUGGCAAGCUCAAAGAAGAGUGCUAUGCACAGCUUCACAGCGCGCAAGCCACGCCGUGCCCUGCCCUAGAUGGCCUGGAGUCCUCAAAGAUAGUCCUCAAGUCCAAAGCCAAUGGCAAGCACACUUUUGGCCUCCCUGGGAAGCUCAAGAUCUCACCCUCCACUUGUGCCUCGGCCUUCCUUUGGUUUGGCCACCCAAUCCCUCAAUUCCCACCGAAGGAACUCCCUCCAUUCCCUCCCAUCUACAAGAAGCCCCUCCCUCCGCCGUUGCCGUUCUUCAAGAAGCCCCUCCCUCCGCCGUUGCCGUUCUUCAAGAAGCCCCUCCCUCCACCGAUCCCCGUGUUCAAGAAGCCGUUGCCACCACCUGUGCCGGUGUACAAGAAACCGCUCCCGCCACCUGUACCGGUGUUUAAGAAGCCGUUGCCUCCCCCAGUGCCGAAAUUCAAGAAGCCCCUUCCACCACCGAUUCCAAAGUUCAAGAAGCCGCUUCCGCCACCUGUGCCGGUGUACAAGAAACCGCUCCCGCCACCUGUACCGGUGUUUAAGAAGCCGUUGCCUCCCCCAGUGCCGAAAUUCAAGAAGCCCCUUCCGCCACCGAUCCCCAAGGUGAAGAAACCAUGCCCGCCUCCGAUUCCAAAGUUCAAGAAGCCGCUUCCACCGCCAUUCAAGAAGCUGCUCCCGCCCCCAGUCCCCAUAUUCAAGAAGCCGCUACCACCCCCAGUCCCCGUGUUCAAGAAGCCGCUUCCCCCGCCAUUCAAGAAGCCGCUCCGCCCCCCGGUCCCCAUAUUCAAGAAGCCGCUACCACCCCCAGUCCCCGUGUUCAAGAAGCCGCUUCCCCCGCCAUUCAAGAAGCCGCUCCCGCCCCCGGUCCCCAUAUUCAAGAAGCCGCUACCACCCCCAGUCCCCGUGUUCAAGAAGCCGCUUCCCCCGCCAUUCAAGAAGCCGCUCCCACCCCCGAUCCCCGUGUUCAAGAAGCCGCUCCCGCCACCAAUCCCCAUAUUCAAGAAGCCCCUCCCACCCCCGAUUCCUGUGUUCAAGAAGCCGCUCCCGCCACCAAUCCCCAUAUUCAAGAAGCCGCUUCCGCCGCCUAUUCCGAUCAAACCCCUACCUCCAUUCCCAAAGAUCCCUCCUUUCACUAAGCCUCCAUGCCCACCACUUCCUAAGCUCCCUCCUAUCCCCACAAUCCCUCCAAAGUACUUCGAACACCCUAAACUCGGAAAGUUACCUGCUCUACCUCAAUUCCCACCUCUUUCUUAGGUUCUUGGAAAAAAAGUUCAUUUCCUGAUGCAACUAGGAUGUCUUUUGAUUUUGCCAAGUAUCGAAGAGUCUGCUUCAGAUUUGUGGGUGCCGUAAUAAUGCCUUCGACUUCGAUCAGUGAAGUACGUGGAAUUAAGAGGAAGAGUGGGAAGGCAUGGUGGAGUCGACAAAAUGGGAUCAGUGGAUCGCUGUUCUAUUUUUCAUUUUCAAAGUGUUGCAUGAGUGAAGUUGAAUGUGCUUGGAAUUUCUCACGUCACAAAUAGUGAAGUCCGUACUUGUACAAUAUAUUAAUUUAUCAAAUA